UGAGGGGCGCGCGCUGUUGGGUCUGCGGCCUGGCGCGCGUGUAACGGCCGUUAGUCAAGCUGAGGGACUCAACCGCCUCCUGAGGCAGACGUGGUGGCCGCAGACAGUGUCCCUGAGUGAGAGAUUUUUACAGCCAAUUUUCAGGCCCGGUUAUUCCUUAAUUUUACAUGGCCAUGCAAGAGAAAUACCCAAAUGAGAGGACAUCUCAUGUUACUUCAUCAGGUUCUAAUGUGAUUCAGAAGGGAAGUUCCCUGGGGACUGAAUGGCAGACCCCAGUUCUCUCAGAGGCCUUUCGGAGCCGCUUCAGCCGCUGUUCAAGUGUAGCUGAUAGUGGGGACACGGCCAUUGGCACAUCAUGCUCAGACAUUGCAGAAGAUUUUUGCAGCUCAAGCGGCAGCCCUUCUUUCCAGCCUAUUAAAAGCCACAUAACCAUUCCAACAGCCCAUGUGAUACCUUCUACUUUGGGGACCUCUCCUGCCAAGCCAAAUUCUACACCUGCUGGAUCCUCUUCCUCCAAACUCCCUUUGUCAGGGUUGGCUGAAAGUGUGGGGAUGACAAGAAAUGGAGACUUUGGUGCAGUGAAACGUUCUCCAGGCCUGUCUAGAGAUCUCAUGUAUCUCUGUGGUGCUACAGGGGAAAAUGGGAUUGAGCAGUCUCACUGGUUUCCAGCAGUAGGCCAUGAAAGAGAAGAAGAGAUGAGGAAGUUCGAUGUUCCUGGCAUGGAACCUACCUUCAAUCAAUCCACCAUUAUGGAUACACUUUAUUCAGAUCCAAACUACCAGAUCCACUUCCACAAUCCAAGAACUGAUCCAAACAAGGAGUUGUAUAAAGUAUUACCUGAGGCCAAGAAGGCGCCAGGCAGUGGGGCGGUAUUUGAUAGGAAUGGACCACACUCUAGCAGCAGUGGAGUACUCCCUUUGGGACUCCAGCCUGCUCCUGGGCUCUCGAAGCCUCUGUCCUCUCAGGUGUGGCAACCAAGUCCUGACCCUUGGCAUCCCCGAGAGCAAUCUUGUGAACUCAGUACUUGUCGACAGCAGCUGGAAUUAAUCCGUUUACAGAUGGAGCAAAUGCAGCUUCAGAAUGGAGCCAUCUGCCAUCAUCCUGCUGCUUUUGCUCCUUUGCUGCCCACCUUAGAACCAGCACAGUGGAUUAGCAUCUUAAACAGUAAUGAACACCUUCUGAAGGAGAAGGAACUUCUCAUUGACAAGCAGAGAAAACACAUCUCUCAGCUGGAGCAGAAAGUGCGAGAGAGUGAAUUACAAGUCCACAGCGCUCUUUUGGGUCACCCUGCCCCCUUUGGGGAUGUCUGUUUGCUGAGGCUACAGGAACUGCAGCGAGAAAACACUUUCUUACGUGCACAGUUUGCACAGAAGACAGACACCUUGAGCAAAGAAAAGAUCGAGCUUGAAAAGAAGCUUUCUGCUUCAGAAGUUGAAAUCCAGCUCAUCAGAGAGUCUCUCAAAGUGACACUGCAUAAGCAUUCAGAGGAAGGCAAGAAACAGGAAGAAAGGGUCAAAGGUCGUGAUAAACAUAUCAAUAAUUUGAAAAAGAAAUGUCAGAAGGAAUCAGAGCAGAAUCGUGAGAAGCAGCAGCGUAUUGAGACCUUGGAGCGUUACCUGGCUGACCUGCCUACACUAGAAGACCAUCAGAAGCAGAGCCAGCAGCUUAAGGAUUCUGAGUUGAAGACCACAGAGCUCCAAGAGAGAGUGACUGAGUUGGAGAGUUUGCUGGAGGAGACCCAGGCAACCUGCAGAGAGAAGGAGAUUCAGCUGGAAAACCUAAGACAGAGAGAAGCAGAAUUCUCCUCCAAUAGACAUAACCUGCAAGAUCAGCAGUCUGUGGAGGAAGCUGGUGGAGAAGAUCCCAAAGUGGAAAUGGAACCUCUGCAGAAGGAAUGUGAUUCCCUCCGAAAGAUUGUGGAGAAGCAGCAGCAGAAGAUGGAUCAGUUGCACUUACAAGUUCAGAGCCUAGAGCAGGAAAUGACUCAAGAAGAAGGAACAAGCCAGGCUCUGAGAGAGGAGGCCCAGCGGAGGCAGAUGGCUUUGCAGCAGCUGCGUACCGCUGUGAAAGAGCUCUCAGUGCAGAACCAGGACCUGAUUGAGAAGAAUCUAACACUGCAGGAACACCUGCGCCUGGCUCAACAAAGGUCCCCAUCUUCACCAGACACAGUCCAGCUGGCAUUUGAGCUGCACCAAGAGUUGGCCAGUUGCCUUCAAGAUCUGCAGGCCGUCUGCAGCAUUGUGACCCAGAGAGCCCAGGGCCGUGACCCCAACCUGUCCCUGCUCCUGGGCAUUCACUCCUCACAGCACCCAGGAGGGAUUCAGCCAGAUUUGCAGAAGCCAGAUGUGAUCAGGAGGAAACUAGAAGAGGUUCAACAGCUGCGUCGGGACAUUGAGGACUUAAGGACCACCAUGUCAGACAGAUAUGCCCAGGACAUGGGAGAAAACUGUGCCACACAGUGAGGAGUGCUGGGGGUAGACAGGCUAUAUUCCCCUUAGGAGGACCUGAAUUGCUAGGAGCCUGGCCAGCAAAUUGCAGCCCUGCCAGUCUUGCCUUCUGUCUGCUGCUAUUCCCAGAGAGUGUUUGGGUGGAGAGGGAAGAGCCUACAUCUGAGGACCAAGGACUGUUGAGAGGAGUGUACCUGCCCUGCCCUACACUGGCUUUGUCUUAUUUAGUUAUGUUUGUCCUCUUACCGUAAUUUACCUUUUGAGUGUGAGUUACUAACUUCUUUGGGUUCACCUGAUGAGUUUCACUGUUCCCAGUUUGGGUGACAUUGAAGGCAGGCAAGCUCUUACCUCCCUUCUCCAUCUUCCAGGAUGGGUCCACAUCUGUUCCUACUCCAUAUGUUGGUCCUACUGAUCCCAGAACUCAUUAGAGAGGCCUGGAAAGGCUGAGAUAAGUAGUAAGGACCAUUUGAGAAUUUUCAGGCCUCAUGUGCCACUCUUUCUGGAAACUGAGCUGGCUUUUGGGAUUUUCUCAUCCCAGGCCCACUGCUUCUUCCUCAGGGCUGUCGUUUUCACAGAAGCCUCGGGUUGGUCUGUUCCUUAGCAGAGUAGCCACUAGGAUUAGGUGCCUAGAGAUUACAGUUAGGGAUCCUUAAUCUGCCAUACCAUCCUUUUUUUUUUUUUUUUUUUUUUUUUUUUUUUUUUUUUUUUUUUU